AUGAAUUCCAGUACUCUCUACUUUUUCAUACUUUAUACCUUACUCUUUAUAUAUAUACAACAAGUCUCUGCAUAUAUUAAUAAUGAAAAUGGAGUCCAUAAUAAGGUAUCAUAUGUAGGUAAUAUGAUUAUAUAUGAGACAACUUUUGAAGUCAAAUAUGAAUUACUAUUUACUUUAUUAAAUAAUAUACAUAGUGAAGUCUUAAAUGGAUAUUCUGUGUAUAUUUCAUGUCCUAAUAUUGUAUCAAUCAAAACUACUCAUCUUCCCAGAGGAUUAUACAUAUUUUUAUUCUUUAAACUUGGAAAGAUAAACUCUAAAGUAGCAAAUGAAAUAUUAUCUAGUGUACUCCUUAAGUUCUAUAAUCUUAGACAUAUAUUUAAUUUCUCGUCAAGUAGAGAAUUCCAGACAUUGGCUUCCUUAGAUAUUUCUGGGUUUAAUACAAAUUUAGUAAAACAAAUCAAUUGGUAUUCUUUAAAAGACAACCUAUUCUGGUUUAUCCCAAACAUAAAGCCUUUCCACAUAAACAAUAGUUCACUACAGUAUAUAUACUUACCCUUAAUUAAUGAGUGUUCAGGUAUUAACUUCUACUUAAAAAGUAACAUAGUGAAUAUACCUAUUGUUGAUUCAAGGUUUGCAUCUGUACAAUGGACAACAUAUAUUGAUCAAAUAAAUCAAGAAUGGAAGACAAAUACAACUUGGACAACUUUUGGAACUAAAAUUAAUACAGACUUAAUUUCGGGUCAUAGCCAAGGUUCUUUCUGUAAUUUCAAGAAAUUACGAGUAAUUAGAACUCUAUAUGGAAAAGGGUUACACAGAAAUUUGGAAACAGAAGUUGAAUUAAUAGACUCACCUUUAAUUGAAGACAAAAUUUUAGUACUAGAUAUCUUUCCCAAAGAAUACUUUAUUAAUUUAUAUGAGAUUUUGGAUUCUCUAAGAAACACAAAUGCUUCAUGUAAUUUAAUAUUCCCAUAUCACAGAGUUGACACUGAGAUAUCGAGUGAGAAAUCUGGAGCAAUAAUUAUAACAAGCUUUUGUAAAAAAUCAUUACUACCAAUACAUUUUAGAUAUCAACCACCAUGUAAAGGCUGUAGCUAUAAAGAAACAACUUUUUUUAACCCUACAGUGGUACUAUUUAAAUAUAACCCCAACGAUAAUAAGCUACUACACUGUAUAGUUCCUGAGUACAGUUAUUCAUUUAUUCUUAAUGGAAUUUUUAAAUUUCAAGAUGAGGUUUCAGUUAUAAAGUUGAAUAUUCCUGUAGGGAAUACUAUGCAUUUAAAUUAUGUUUACUUUUCAACUACAUUUAUGAUAUUAUUAACAUCUGUGAUAUCUGUUAUUUCAAUAGAAAGAUAUAAAUCGGAAUUUAGUUCUUAA